AUGGACCUUGCCAAUCAGUCUAUUGUUUCUGAAUUUGUUUUGUUGGGACUCUCUAAUUCCUGGGAACUGCAGAUAUUUUUCUUUACAGUGUUUUCAUUGUUGUAUGUGGCAACAAUGGUGGGUAAUAGCCUCAUAGUCAUCACAGUUAUAGGUGAUUCUCACCUACACUCGCCAAUGUACUUUCUGCUUACCAACCUUUCCAUAAUUGAUAUGUCUCUUGCUUCAUUUGCCAUUCCCAAGAUGAUUAUGGACUACUUAAUCAGUAAUAAAACCAUCUCUUUUGAUGGCUGCAUCACUCAGAUAUUUUUCCUACAUCUUUUCACUGGUACUGAGAUUAUUUUACUCAUGGCUAUGUCCUUUGAUAGAUACAUUGCAAUAUGUAAGCCCCUGCACUAUGCUUUAAUUAUCAGUCCUCAUGUUUGUGCUGCAUUUGUGGUAGCUUCCUGGAUUGUAGGAAUCAUGCAUUCAAUGAGUCAGGUCAUAUUUGCCCUCACAUUACCAUUCUGUGGUCCCAAUAAAGUAGAUAGCUUUUUCUGUGACCUUCCUGUGGUGUUCCAGCUGGCUUGUGUGGAUACUUAUGUUUUGGGUCUCUUUAUGAUCUCAACAAGUGGCAUAAUUGCUCUGUCCUGCUUUAUUCUCUUAUUUAAUUCUUAUGUUAUUGUCCUGGUUACCAUAAGGCAUCAUUCUUCCCGAGGACCAUCUAAGGCUCUUUCUGCCUGUACGGCUCACUUCCUUGUUGUCUUCAUGUUCUUUGGGCCAUGCAUCUUCAUCUACAUGUGGCCACAAAGCAGCUUUCUGGUGGACAAGAUCCUAUCUGUGUUUUAUACUAUUUUUACUCCAAUUCUGAACCCAGUGAUCUAUACCUUAAGGAAUCAAGAUAUAAAGACAGCCAUAAAGAAACUGAAGAAUAGGUUUUUAAAUUCCCACAAGACAAUUCCUUCUCAUUAUUUCUUAGCUUUGAUUUGUUAA